AUGUUCUCCGUCCGCCUUGCCCGCGCUGGCCUCCGUGCCUCCGCUCAGCAGUUCUCCGUCCCUCGCACUGCUGCUCUCAACGGCCUGCGCACCUAUGCCACCCCGGCCCAGGAAGUCAAGCCUCCUGUCUCCCUCUUCGGCGUCGACGGCACCUACGCCUCUGCUCUGUACACCGCCUCCGCCAAGUCCUCCUCCCUCGACGCUACCUCCAAGGCCCUCAUCAACCUCGGUGCCGCCCUCAAGGCCGACCCCAAGCUUACCGGCAUCCUCUCCACCCCUACCCUGACCGUCUCGGACAAGCAGGCCAUCGUAACAGAGCUGCAGAAGGUCGCCGGUGCCGACAAGGGCGAUAUCCUCAAGAACUUCCUCGCUACCCUCGCUGAGAACAACCGUCUCGGUCUGCUCGGCGGUGUCUGUGACAAGUUCGCUGCUCUCAUGAGCGCUCACCGUGGUGAGAUUGAGCUCAUCAUUACCUCUGCUCAGGAACUCGACAACAAGACCCUCAACCGUCUCGAGAAGGCCGUCUCUAAGUCCGAGUUCAGCCAGGGCAAGAAGCUCAAGGUUGUCCCCAAGGUCAACCCCGACAUUGUCGGCGGACUUGUCGUUGAAAUCGGCGACCGUACCAUCGACCUGAGCGUCUCCUCCAAGAUCAACAAGCUUAACAAAGCCCUCACCGAUGCUCUGUAA